UGCGGAGUCAUCACAGAUCCGCAGCAAAUCAGAAUAUAUAGUAUUCCGCUCUUUUUCGUAAUCCGAACAUCGGCGGGAGGAUUUUAAAUCACUGGGAGACAACAGAAAAAGGGUUAUCGUUUUUGUUCGUGUACCUUAGGUGUCAUAUUUUAGUGUACAUUUAUCUAGACGACCUUCUACAGAGAGCUAUUAGAAGUAUUGUUUUGGCCGCUAACCAGCUGCUAAACCUGCUAAGUUACCUUGCUUGCUUGCUAACGAAAGUGCUUAACUAGAGGCAUUUUUAACUCUUUUCUAGAGAAACAUUUGGUUGUUUAGUUACUCACGACCUUUCCCUCUACUUCUGCAGUGAUAGACAGCCUGUAGAUUGUUCAAUUGAACGUUUGUUAGGAGCACAUUUAACUAGCUAAGUAAUGGCGAAGGUUCAGGUUUUCAAUAUUGCUGUUUUGGACAAUCCAAGUCCGUUCGGAAACCCUUUUCAGUUUGAAAUUACAUUUGAGUGCAUGGAAGAUCUACCCGAAGACCUGGAGUGGAAGAUCAUAUAUGUUGGCUCAGCAGAGAGCGAGGAAUGUGAUCAGACUCUUGACUCCGUGCUAGUUGGUCCUGUACCGGCUGGAAGACACAUGUUUGUUUUUCAGGCAGAUGCUCCGAAUCCUGCUUUGAUACCAGAGAGUGACGCUGUUGGCGUUACUGUGGUUCUAAUCACCUGCACAUACCGUGGACAGGAGUUCAUCCGCAUUGGGUACUAUGUGAACAAUGAGUACACCCAUCCUGAGCUGCGGGAAGACCCACCUAUCAAGCCAGACUACACACAGCUCCUGAGGAACAUUUUGGCUUCCAACCCACGUGUAACACGCUUCCAUAUCAACUGGGAGGGGUGUGCAGAGAAGAUGGAGGAUUUGGAGAAUGUGGCUCCGGCCCCCAACACCAUGCUGCCCCCUUCUUGUACUGUGGGCAAAGCGCCACCUCUUGGUAUGAUGCCAGACAACUCCGUGGACUGCAUGUGGAUGGACUUUUGAACCUAACACGGCCUCACUCAACCCAGGAAAUCAAGCCUUGUGAAAAGGGAGUGGCUGACUGAAAGAAACUCUCAGCCAGCUAAGCCUUAACAGUCCCCACACCUCUUCAGUAUGUUUGUUCUAUCUGCUGGUAUGCACUUACAGCAGAUAGAUGUUUUGGUAUGGCAUGUACCUUUGGCUGAAGAGAGCCUCAUUGCAAAGCACUCGGGAGCAUUGCAGCAAGCAUAGCCACCUAACAAUCUUGGGAUAAUCUAUAAUUUAAAUAUUUAUUUAUAUCUUUAAAUCUCUACAAAAGGAAUUAUCAAGUGGCCUUUUGGGCUAAAAUGUUGUGACAGUGGUCAAGUGUAUUAUACUGUACAUCAUUAAUACUCUGUGUUUUAUAUUUGUCUUCAAAUAAACUAUCUUUUGUUA